CCGCCGUGGUGCGCUACAUGGAGAAUGAGGAGGUGGUGGGCACGGCAGCCAAGCAGGGCUCGGUGCGGCACGCGGCCGUGACGGCGGCGCGCGCCCGCUGCCUGCUGUCGGCGGACGACCGCCAGGCGGCGCUGCAGUCGCGCCUCUGUCCGGCGGACGCGGAGCGCGGCUUCCUGGUGCGCCGCGAGGAGGGCGCCGAGCAGGUGCACUCGGCCACGGACGUGCUGGUCACCCUGCUGAAGCACCUGCACGACGUGGCGCAGCGACAGGUGGGCCUGGACCAGACCCAGUUCGACUCGGUGCUGGCCGUGCCGGCGUACUUCUCGGCCGACGAGCGGCGCGCGCUGCGCGAGGCGACCGAGGCGGCUGGCUUCCACGUGCGCCAGCUGGUACUAGAGCCGGUGGCGGCGCUGCUGGCGCACGGCGUCGGCCAGGCGCCGGACGAGGCCGGCGUCAGCGUGUGUCUGGUGGUGCGCGCCGGCGGCGCCACCUCCGACGCCAGCGUCCUCCGCUCGUCGUCAGGCAUGUACUCGCUGCUGGAGACCGUGCACCGGGCCGACCUCGGCGGCGACGCGCUCACCGACCUCGUGGCCGACUUCCUGGCCGCCGAGUGCACGGCCAAGUGGAAGACGGACCCGCGCGAGUCGCGCAAGGCGCUCGCCAAGCUCCGCUCGGCCGCCGAGGUGGCCAAGCACGUGCUCUCGUCGAUGGCGACGGGCGCAGCGCUCGUGGCUGACGUGCCCGCCUGCGGGUGA